CCACACCACACCCCCAAGGCCAUGGGACCGCCCCCUGGGCUCUUCAGAGCAGGGGUGUGCUUGAGUGUGCCCUGGAGUGAGAACCGAGCUGAGCAGAUUGCAGUCAGGUGGAGAGAGCCAGCAAAGGAGGCACAGCCAGCCCAGCCAGCACUGCCAGCAGUUGCUGUUCAAACUGAUCUGAGGACAGAUCGAGAAGUGCACACUCAGUGACAGUAGGGUGACGUGUGUCAGCCACCAGUUCUCACUGUUGGAACCUGAGACGGCAGGAAAAUGACUUCCCAGGACCAAAAGGGCGUCACUCGCAGACCCAAGGUGGCUCCUACCAGGAGGAUGAGCAGGUUCUUGAAGCACUUCACAGUGGUUGGGGACGACUACCACACAUGGAACGUCAAUUACAAGAAGUGGGAGAAUGAAGAGGAGGAGGAAGAGCCAGCCCCCACAUCAGCUGAAGGGGAAGGCAGUGCCGUGGGCACGGAUGCCGAAGCUGGCCCUGUCCCCACACCCAAGCCGGCCCUGGACUUCAGAAACAGGCUAAGGAAACUCUUCAGUUCGCACAGGUUUCAGGUUGUCAUCAUCUGCCUGGUGAUCUUGGAUGCCCUCCUGGUGCUUGCUGAGCUCCUUCUGGAUCUCAAGAUCAUCGAGCCAGAUGAGAAAGACUAUGCAGUCAAGGCGUUCCACUACAUGAGCUUUGCAAUCCUGGUCUUCUUCAUGGUGGAGAUUUUCUUUAAAAUCUUUGUCUUCCGCUUGGAGUUCUUCCACCAUAAGUUUGAAAUCCUGGAUGCCGUGGUGGUGGUGGUGUCAUUUGUCCUCGACCUCAUCCUCCUGUUUAAAAAGCACCAGUUUGAAGCUCUUGGCCUGCUGAUCUUGCUGCGGCUCUGGCGGGUGGCCCGGAUCAUCAAUGGUAUCAUCAUCUCAGUGAAGACACGCUCAGAACGGCAGAUCUUAAGGUUAAAGCAGAUAAACAUUCAACUGGCCACCAAGAUCCAGCAUCUGGAAUUCAGCUGCUCUGAGAAGGAACAAGAAAUUGAGAGACUCAACAAGCUGUUGAGACAGAAUGGACUUCUUGGGGAUGGGAACUAGCCUUCCAGAAGCACCACCCUAGAGAAGCUGGGCUGUGGCCAGACAGCAAUUGUGUGCUGACAAGUCCAGUCCUCAUCUUUGCCUUGGCUUGCGCUCCCUGGAUGCUGGGAACACAUCUUUGUCAGCUCUGCUGCCUCUUCGGUGUGACCCAGAGCCACCUGUCCACGCCCUCCUUCUGCAGCAAGGAACCAUAACCACCUUUUCUCACCUGGCCUCUGCUGUUGCUCAAAAAUAGACAAGGAAGCUGGGCUUGUAAAACUUGAUGACAUCCUUCCCUCAGUGUGUAGGGACCAGCCCAUCCUUUCCUAAGCACACCCUGAGAAGAACAGAAGCUGGCACCUUGUACCAGCCCAUUCCAGAAAGCCUUUAUUAGCUGGUCUGCAGAUUCUCCUGCUGCAUCCCCUAGGGGAGCUAUCCUGGUGCCCAGUCUCCUCUGCAGCCUCCAGCUGCACCAUCAGCUUCAAACUGGCUCUGUACCCACCAGCAUCUCCCUCAAUUACUAUACAAUUAAUGUAUAAAAUAAGCACCCUCCUUCCCCUGGGCCCGCCUACCACAUUCUCCCCUUGGUGGCAGCCCACAAUAGCCCACCAGUUAUAGAGCUAGCUCACUGCAGGGAGGGGGAACUGCCCUGUAAUUAGCAUCAUCUUGGGGUGCAAUGCCCUCGUGGGCACACGUUUUUACAGCCUCUUGUUGGUUUGUACUUCUCAAAUGCUCAUGGGCAUUGUGAAGACAACUCCUGAUAGAUGAGGGUUAAGGCACUGAGGAGGCUUUCCAUGCAUUGCUACACUAGGUUCUCCCUCCCACCUCUCCAGAGGUGACAAGGCCUGUGACCUGUGUGUGCAGGAUGCUGAAACCACCUGAUGUGAGCCCCUAGCCUAGCAGAGUAACGCUUCCAAGAGGAAAGGCAGUGGAGAGGGGCAGAGCGCUGGUUUGAGGGUAACCAGCAACUGAGCUAGUGUCCUCCAGAGCCUUGCGCCGGGGUGCCCACUGCUGCAGAGGGGCCUUCAGGGUGGGAACUCACUCCCGAAGGGGCCACUUGCAUCACACAAAUGGGAAGAAAAAGCUGAAGGGCAGCCUGGCGUUGAUGGUGGGUGGAGCUCGGAAGCCUGCCUCUGCAGGGGCUGACACGUCCACAAAUGUCACUGUAGUGGAAAUGACAAUCGUCCUCUCAGGCCCUGGGAGGGGCUGUAACGGAAAGACAGAACAGGCACGCUCAUCAUCUUCUUCACUCAGCCAUGGACACUGUCAGCCUGAGGCUGGCAGGUGCACAAUGCUCCAGGCUGAUUCAGUGUUCACAAGAAUUACCGUCAGUGAGUUCUUCCCUCUUAAGUACAAGUUAACGAAUGGUUAUGAAAUUGUUUUAAGACUCAAAAUUACAAUUGGGCACGAUGGCACUUGCCCAUUAACACUCAGGAGGCUGAUGCCGAGAGUCACAAGUUCGAGACCAGCCUGUGUUCCAUGAGAAGAUCCUAGGUAAAAAUACCAGACCCCCCCAAGGCACAGCAGCACUAGCUUCCUGUCCCUGAACCUGGGGGCUGUGACAAGAAUCAACAGCUCAAGUCCAGCCUGGAGACCCUGUCUUAAAAAACUGAAACCCAAAUACAAAUUAUAAUCUUUCACACCAAGUAAUAAACUCUUCCUGUCACACUUA